UCUCCGUUAUUUCUCGUUACUUCGCUUCGUUAAAACAGACUCAAAAUUCUGAAGGAAGAAGACAAUAGAAAUGGAUUCAGCAAACUCCAAAGCCUCUAAAGGCGUCUCUGCCCCUUCUCAAUCAUCUUCUAAACGACUUUUGUUCGACCGCCGCUACGGUUGGGUGUUUGAUGAAUGGAAGGACCCAUCUGAAGAAGCUCUCGCUGGAGGCCGAGGAAUGUUUUGCAUAUUGCCUAUCGCAAAAGCUGUCUUAAAAACGGCUUCAGACUCGAUCAACCUUGCAGCAAGCUCUGCUGUUGAAGUUUAUGAGAGGCCAGAGCUCCUCUCUCCUCAGUCGCUGAAGGCUAGUUUCAAUGGUUGGAUUCACAACAUCUCAUCUUUUGUUCAGAAACCAGAAUUCAACUGUCUUACCGUCAAAGGAAAUUCUACUUCAGAUUCUAUUAUUUACUCUUCACAUCUGCAUAUCGGCAACAGAGAAUGACAAAAGGAUUAAGCAUGAACAUCUGCCCUGUAUUUUUACUUAUAAACGGCAAUCAGUGUUGCAGGUAUAUGUAGGCAUGUAAAUGGAUUUUUAUGAGCUGAAACACCGGAAGGUAUACCUUGCGAUGGACUUGCUAGAAUAGCUCUUGAUGCUGGUAAUUAUUAAAUUUAUUAGUAUUGCGAUUAUCA